AUGAACAUCAGCUCCGUGAAGCUAGAGACAAACCCUAGCGCAACCGCGUUCAGGUCUCUGAACGGAAGCGUUCGGAGCUACACAACGACCGGCCUUCCUCACGUCUCUCUUCACCACCACUCAUACCACCGGAGAAAUGCUUCAAUUUCAUGUUCAGCUUCUCCGAUCGUAACCCUGGAAGAAAGGAAGGGUGAAAUACCGAGUCGAAUCGGGUCAUUAGGUCAGGUAUCGGGAGUGUUGGGUUGCCAGUGGGGUGACGAAGGCAAGGGCAAGCUCGUUGACAUCUUGGCAAAGCACUUCGACGUCGUUGCUCGUUGUCAGGGUGGAGCAAACGCCGGACACACUAUCUACAACUCGGAAGGAAAGAAAUUCGCGCUUCAUCUUGUUCCCUCAGGGAUUCUCAACGAGGAGACGAUGUGUGUAAUAGGAAAUGGAGUUGUAGUCCAUCUUCCUGGACUUUUCCAAGAAAUUGACAACCUUGAAUCCAAUGGGGUUUCCUGUAAGGGAAGGAUCUUAAUUUCAGAUCGAGCUCACUUAUUGUUCGACUAUCAUCAAGAAAUAGAUGGCCUUCGAGAAGCUGAGCUAGCUAAAUCCUUCAUCGGCACUACCAAGAGAGGAAUCGGGCCAUGCUACUCCAGCAAGGUCAUCCGAAAUGGCAUAAGAGUAUGCGACUUGAAGCAUAUGGACACCUUUCCAGACAAGCUUGAUCUUUUGCUAUCAGACGCAGCUUCAAGAUUCCAGGGUUUUGAAUACAGCUCAGAAGUACUCAAAAAAGAAGUUGAAGUGUAUAAAAGAUUUGCAGAGAGGUUGGAACCAUUUGUUUGUGAUACUGUUCAUUACAUGAAUGAAUCCAUUUCACAGAAGAAGAAGAUUCUUGUAGAAGGUGGUCAAGCAACGAUGCUGGAUAUUGAUUUUGGGACUUACCCUUUUGUCACAUCUUCAAGUCCUUCAGCUGGUGGAAUCUGUACAGGACUUGGGAUUGCUCCUAGAGUCCUUGGUGAUGUGAUUGGUGUGGUAAAAGCAUACACUACUAGAGUUGGGUCUGGACCUUUUCCUACAGAGCUACUGGGUGAGGAUGGUGAUCUGCUCCGGCAAGCUGGGCAGGAGUUUGGCACCACCACCGGCCGCCCUCGCCGGUGCGGUUGGCUUGAUGUAGUUGCUCUGAAAUAUGUUUGUCAAAUUAACGGGUUUUCUUCUCUGAAUUUGACUAAACUUGAUGUGUUAUCGGAUCUUUCUGAGAUUAAGCUUGGUGUUUCUUAUAAGCAUACAAACGGGACACCUAUGAAUUCGUUUCCUGCUGAUUUAACUGAUCUUGAGGAGUCAAAGGUGGAAUAUGAAAGUAUGCCAGGGUGGCAGGCUGAUAUUUCGUCUGUAAGGAGCUAUGUGGAUCUUCCAAAGGCUGCACGUGAGUAUGUGGAAAGAAUAGAAGAACUUGUUGGUGUUCCGAUUCAUUACAUUGGUGUUGGACCUGGACGUGAUGCUCUUAUAUACAAAUGA